AACUGUCAGUCAUUCUCGUCGUCAUCUUUUCCUCGGUCGGUUCGGUUCGGUUCGACGGAUCUCCAGAGCUCGCAGAACUAAACGAGAAAAAAUAACGAAACGAAACCUAAAUUCCGCAAGGACGUGGAAAUUUGCACGGCCCGUGUGAUCGAUCCCAUCCGUACAAGAAGCUAAUUCGCGCGAGUGCCAUCGGGAAAGGAGAAAAUUAAGUUGAAAAAAUCGCUCUUCGGUGGGGGGCCACAAAAUUGCACCUGUGUCAUUGCCUGUGUGUAGAGUGCGUGGAGGAAAAACUGGUCCUUGGGGGUUGUGCUAAAGUUGCAACAGCAUCAAGGGGGUAGGAGGUGGUGGCAAGGUGCUCUGUUCGCACUGGUGGGUCAAGGAGACUUGCUAGCUGCUGCUGCUGCUGCUGCUGUUUUGUGUGUGCAAUUCCGUAAUUAUUACAAGCAGGUUUCGUUUCCUUUGGAGGAUUCCAGGGGGGAAGGUUAUUGGACCUGGUCCAAGUGCGAGCGAUUGGCCAACAAUUGUGCAAUAUUGAUUCCAAGGUUGGAGAAAAGGAAGAAGCAAGCAGCGCCACGCAGUUUAUUGAUUUAAGAGGACGGAACAUGAAGCCCUGGAAGCGCUGCCCCACAAAGGACACGACAUCAUACGACGUGUAACGAAGACACACAUACACAACACACAUCUCCCGCCACCCGUCGUCGCACGCCACCGACCCCACAAGCGCGCUGAAGGCUGCUGGUGUGGUGUGUCUCCGAUGGCACAACCGAGCAAUAACAAGAUUACAUAAUUUUUUGUUGAUGUUUUUUUUCUGCUGGAGCUCGAUCGCGCGCGCAGUUCUUCGACUUUCAGUACCUAGCAGAAACAGAACAAGAGUUUCGAUUUGUGGCGUUGAGUAGCGGUAGAGGAGGUGUGGAUUAAUUGCGCUAGGUCGAGGAAGGAGAAGGGAACGCAAGGCAAGGGACAGAAUGGCACGCGCGGGAAGCAACAAAUGUCCCCACCUUGAGAACGUCGUCCAGCUGUCGCUGCUGGAGCUGUGCAAGUUGAAGAAGGGCGAACCAUGCUCGGAGUGCGAGGCGAACGGGCCCAACCUGUGGAUAUGUCUGCAGAAGAACUGUCUGCACAUUGGCUGCUCGGAGCAGUACAACGACCACAGUACGACCCACUACCAGCAGCAGCGAUCGCAUUGCAUCCACAUGAACCUGUCGUCGCAACGGAUCUGGUGCUAUCUGUGCGAGUUUGAGGUGUUUUUGGUCCAGCAGCAACAGCAGCAGCAGCAGUUGCGGCGAACGUCGGUCGUUAGCAAUGAUUCGAGCGAUGCCAGCCGGUACUCGGCGACGGCCAACGAGAAGCUGUUGAUGUACGGAGGGGGAGGCGGAGGUGGAGGUGGGGGAGAGUCCUGUGACAGUAGCUGCGAGGAGGACGAGUUUGAGAAGCAUGGCAAGUGGAACGGACUGGUCGGGCUGCAGAACAUUGCCAACACCUGCUACAUGAACUCGGCGAUCCAGGCGUUGAGCAACAGUCCGCCGUUGACGGGGUACUUCUUGGACUGCGGGUCGAUCAUCGAGACGGACCUGUUGGGGAAUCAAACUGUGUCGAAGCCGGGCCUGGCCAAGCACUACCACAAGCUGAUCAAGGAGAUGUGGUGCAAGAAUCGUCGUUACGUCGUCCCAAGUGGCAUUCUGUACGGCAUCCGGAUCGUCCAUCCGAUGUUCCGCGGCUACCAACAGCACGACACGCAAGAAUUCCUGCGCUGCUUCAUGGAUCAACUGCACGAAGAGUUGAAGGAGGUCACCCAGCAGCAACCGCCCGAUCUGCUAUCGCUGCAGGACCGUAACGGCGAUCCGGACAUUUCACCAUGUCCUUCACCUUCGCCCUCCCAAUCGGAAGCCGAGUACGAAACGUGCGACAGUGGCGUCUCCGAACAAUCCAGCCUGUCCGAUGACGUCUCAAUCAACAGCAAACGCACCAGAAUGGUGUCGCGAUCGCCCAGCCCAGGCCAAAGACCGGUCCAAUCCCCGCACAGUCGACAGCAAUCCCCCAUCGGCAGCAACCGGAGCAACUCCAGCAGCAGCGGCAGCAUGACCUCCCAACAACAACAAAACCAGCAGCCCAACGACUCCCAACAGAAGCAAAAGCAAACCAAGGACAAACUGCCCGAGCGAUCCAUCAUCAGUGACAUCUUCGACGGCAAGCUGCUUUCCUCCGUCCAAUGUCUGACCUGCGAUCGCGUCUCAACGCGCGAAGAGACAUUCCAAGACCUGUCCCUCCCAAUCCCCGGCAAGGACCACCUAGCCGUUCUCCAUCAAAACCACCCCGGAAUGCAAGCCUCCCCUCCUCCCCACCCACACCCUCACCCGCACCCACCACCAACCGCCGGAAGCAGCACCGGCAUAACCUGCUCGGACGCCGUCUACCCCGUGUCCGGCGACAGCUGGAUGUGGUGGUUCUGGAACUGGCCCUUCUGGAGCUGGAUCCGGUCCUGGUUCUGGGGGCCCGCCGUCUCCCUGCACGACUGCAUGGCGGCCUUCUUCAGCGCGGACGAACUCAAAGGCGACAACAUGUACAGCUGCGAAAAGUGCAACAAACUGCGCAACGGCGUCAAGUACUCCCGCGUUCUAGCCCUGCCGGAAAUGCUGUGCGUCCACCUGAAACGCUUCCGGCACGACCUCUCGUACAGCUCGAAAAUAUCCAGCCCCGUGCACUUUCCCCUGAACGGCCUGGACAUGCGACCGUACCUGCACAAGGAUUGCAAGUCGGAAGUGACCUCGUACGAUCUGUGCGCCGUCAUCUGUCAUCACGGAACCGUGGGCGGAGGCCACUACACGAGCUUUGCCAAGCACGAUCCAACCGGGAAGUGGUUCGAGUUUGACGAUCAGCUGGUGACGCAGGUCAGUCCGGAGGACGUGCAGAACUGUGAGGCGUACGUGCUGUUCUAUCGGAAAAAUAACGCCAAGAUGACCACGAUUCGGGCGCAGGCGAGUGAUUUGAUCAGCGUGCAGGAGCACGCGUCGGACAUUCGGUUCUACGUGUCGCGCAAUUGGUUGCAUCGCUUCAACACCUUUGCCGAGCCCGGCCCCAUCGACAACUGGACGCUGCUCUGCCCGCACGGAGCGUUUCCCCCGAACAAGGCGCCGUACUUUGCCAAACUGGUCGUGCCCAUUCCGCAACCGUUGUGGGACUUUUUGUACAAAAAGUUCGGCGGCGGCCCCGUCUGCAACCACAUCUUCCCGUGCCACAUCUGCAAGAAGGCCGCCGAGUCGCUUUCACGGCGCCAGCGGGCCGAACUGGAAGCGUUUACCGCGUGCAACGACGAGUAUCAGUACAACGAUACGCCAACCACGAUCUACGCGAUCUCGAUGGCGUGGUUCCGCCAGUGGCAGCUGUUCGCGCGGGGCGUCACGACGGACGAGCCGGGACCGAUCGACAACAAGACGGUCGCCGUGCCGGGCGAUACGGCGGUCCCGCUGCGGAGCGUCCGCCAGGGAUCCGAUUACGCCCAGAUCAACUCGACGCUGUGGCAUUUCUUCCACGGCAUUUACGGCGGCGGGCCGGAGAUUGUACUGCGCGGGAAUCCCGUUCCGCCGCCGGAACCGAAGGUGCAGAAGGUCGUCAAGGAACGCGACGUCGAACCGAUGGACGUGAGCGAACCGGCACCACCGCCUUCAAAAACCCCGUCGAUGGCCAGUGGCCGCACGCAGGAUUCGGCCAUCGACGUGACGAUUUCCGAGAUACCACCGCCAACUUCCGCUGCGACAACCUCAACCCAAAAGCCCCAGAAGAGUGUCUCGUUCGAGGACAACGAAGGUUACGCCGAGACGGACGGCGAUCAGCAGCACGAAGCGGCGGCCUCCUCGCGGUCGUCGUCGGUGCAGCUCAAGCGGAAGCAAAUGAAGCUGCAAAAGGAGCAGCAACAGCAGCAGCAGCAGUCCAAAGAGUCCAAAAAGAAUGGAAGCGAGCAGGAUGGUUCUGGGGAUGGCGGUGGCUUGGUUAAUACGUACCUGAGGAGGAAGCAGCUGAAGCAGCAGCAACAGGUUACGGCGGGUACUGCAGGAGCUGGGGAUGUUGGAGGGGCCAGUGGCGUGGUGGAUACGCUCGAGAUUGGAGGCAAGAAGGAUCGGCGGCAUCGGGCAGGGAUGAAGACGAACGGGUUCUUCGGGCCGGAAGGCAAAUACCAACCAUCCUCGAGCGACGGCAUCCCGCGCACCGGUUCGUUCUCCCAGCCAUCGACAGCAGCCACCAAAUCCAGCACCUUCGCGACCCUCACCAGCUCGGCAUCGGCCACGGUGUUCUCCAAGUCCGCGGACGACUCCCACAUUGCCGUCACCACCACCAACGGUUCCACCGAGUCGUCCUCCUCCGUCGGCGGCGGCGACGCGUCCAAAUCCGUCGACGAAAUUAUGCCCCUGCUGCACCAAACCUCCAUCACCGGAGCUGGCCCGGACGGCGUCGGCGAUGGUGGUGUUGAGGCCGGCGAUGAAAGCGACGCCGCGGAUGGACCGAUGCCGAUGGUCAAACACGGUCGCAAGGGACACGGUCACCACGGUCAGGAUCGCGGCAUGAUGGCGUUCAGCAGGAAGAAGCUCAAGACCAAAUACAUGAAGAGUAAGGCGGCCUCGAAGGGCGGCGGAGUGGUGGUGCUCGACGGGGUCGCCGGAACGAUGACCAACGGUGGAGUUGCUAGUGAUGGAGAGAAAUGAGUAAAGCAAUCGCUUCGUCGUUUUCACUUUCUGCCGUUCUCGUGAUAGUGGAAAGGAGAGAUUUGAUUUAUAUUUUUUGCUCUGUUAUUUUGUAAAUAAUAGUUUUAAUCGCACGUU